GCGAGGUCGGGCGUUUUCGUCGCGGCUCGAAGCGUGAGGGUACACUGUGAAGCAGCUCUGGGCCGCUGAGAAGACGAGGGCAGUGAUUUGAUAAUGGAGGGAGACCACAGUGAAACCAGAGGUAAGGGGGGCGAUCAGGUUGCGCAGAACCCCCAGGCCUUGGCGGCUCCCCGGGACCGGAUCGACAGCAUGUCGCACAGCGCUUCCACCAUCCAGAGUUUACCCAAGUCCGUGAAGAGAAGAGUAAACGCCUUAAAGCAGCUGCAGGUCCAGUGCGCCCACAUAGAAGCCAAGUUCUAUGAGGAGGUCCACGAGCUGGAGAGAAAGUACGCCGCCCUCUACCAGCCGCUGUUUGACAAGAGACGAGAUGUGGUGUCGGGCACAGUGGAACCUACGGAUGAGGAGUGCGAGUGGCACAGUGAAAAUGAGGAAGAAGAGGAACUGGCUGAGGAGCUGAAGAAGAAGGCCGCAGUGGAGGAGAAGACGGAGGAGGUGGCAGCCGAGGAAGACCCCAAGGGCAUCCCUGAGUUCUGGCUCACAAUCUUCAGGAGUGUUGACAUGCUCAGUGACAUGCUGCAGGAACAUGAUGAGCCAAUCCUAAAACACCUACAGGACAUCAAAGUGAAAUUUUCCGAGCCAGGGCAACCUAUGAGUUUUACUCUAGAGUUCCACUUCGAGCCCAACAGUUACUUCAAAAACACAGUCCUCACGAAGGUGUACAAGAUGAAGUCAGAGCCUGACCCGGUUGAACCGUUCUCCUUCGAGGGGCCGGAGAUUGUGGACUGUGAAGGCUGUGAGAUCGACUGGUAUAAAGGCAAGAAUGUGACAGUGAAGACCAUCAAGAAGAAACAGAAGCACAAGGGCCGGGGAACCGUCAGGACCAUCACCAAACAAGUGCCCAGCGACUCCUUCUUCAACUUCUUCAACCCCAUCAAGGUGUCUGAAGACGGAGAGAUGGACGAGGACUCUGAGUUCACCCUGGCUGCAGACUUUGAGAUCGGCCACUUCUUCCGCGAGAGGAUCGUACCGAGGGCCGUGCUGUACUUCACCGGGGAGGCCCUGGAGGACGACGAGAGCUUUGAAGAGGAGGAACUGGAGGAAGGAGAGGAGGACCAUGAAGAGGAUGGCGAGGAAGAAGAGGGAGAGGAAGACCACACGGCGUAACUCAUUCUCACUCCAUGCAUUUAUAGAGAGAAGACCCCCAACCCGCCGAGUGUAAACAGCAGUAAUCCGGAGGUCCCACUGGGGCAGCUCACCCCUGUCACCGCACAGAAAGCCACAUUAACUCUCGAACUCCAGAUAAAAAGUGUUUUAAGUGCAUGCCCGCCAGUCUCAUAUCCUUCUUUUCCUUGUACAGAGUCAACCUACUCAGAAAUAUUGGUACCACACUAAAUACAGUGAUAGAUGUGAUAAACUAUUCAAGGUGUAACCGCACCAUUGGUCACUGCUGAGAACCAGCACACCUUCUGGAUGGCUCCAUUUGCGAUUGACACCACAUCCCAGAAGCGAAUGCAAAUUCUACUACCAAGCGAAUCCAACAUUUGACUUGACGUCAUAGGUUACUCAGGGUUUUUUAUGCCAAGACAACAAUGUGUGGAAUUCUAACACGGAACUUUGGGGUUGCCUUCUUAAAGGUUUUUUUUUUCUUCUCGGCUCAGAUGAAAAGGAAGUAUCUUUUUCAGACAGUUUUCUCUUAUUCAGAAGUUAUUUAUAUUAGUUUAGUUUUACUAGGUUUUUUUUUUUUUUUUUAAAUCUGGUUUGAACUAUGUAUGGAACUAUGCUGUGUGAUGAGGCACAAGGCUGUCUCCCUUACUAAGAACUCUACCCUGUGGAAAAGAGCCCCUGUAGUUUCAGUCACUUCAUUGCAGUCUCACGAAUGCUGUUGCUUUACUGCCUAAGCGCUUACUAAUAAAUGCAACGUUUUCUUGCCAAAUUAAUUUUUACUGUUGAAAAAUUGCUACAAGUUAAAAAAAAAAAAAAAAAAACGGGGUGAAGCUGAAAACCCUUCAGGCCGAAAGCAGAUCUGAGGGGAGGGGGGGCUCGCCUGGGACCUGCAGCGAACGACACCCAGAUUUUUUUGUUCCGUUGCUGUCCGCCUCCCGCCCGGGGAGGAAAAGGAAAGAUGAGGACUCUGUGCGGCCCAGGCCACCAGCCUCAGUCAGUUGUCUCUCUGCACAGUUGCAGCAGUUUCCAACUGCGCACCAUGCUAACGCAUCGCUGUUCUUUUAAGACCACUUCUGACACGUCUCAAAGUUUUAUCUGUUUACCUGUCAACGACAGCAGGGGGGUAGUGCAUAUUUUUUUGGAGCUUGGACGUUCCUACACAAUUGGUUUCCUCAUUUGGUCCUGUUGGGUGAAUACCAAAUAUAUCAGUACAUAAAGUAAUAAUUGGGGCUUCUUCGGCCUAUUUUUAAUGCAGACCUUACUUGUGAAAAACCAACAGGACACAUUCACAAGCCAAAGCACGAUGACCCUCUGUUUAGGCAGUGUUCUAGUAAUGGCCUUACCUCGGUCUAAUGCAUUUGUUACUCGAUACAAGGUGUUUUCAGUGUGUAC